CCUCGCUACCGGAGGGCCUGCGCGGCCAUGGCGCUCGGGCUCGGCGCUCUGCGCGUCCUGCUGGGCGGCUUCUUCGCACUCACGGGGGCAGCCAAGCUUUCGCAGCAGAUCUCGGCUCCCGCGUCCCAGCAGAUGAAAGCCCUGUUUGUGCAGUUCGCUGAGGUGUUCCCGUUGAAGGUGUUCGGCUACCAGCCCGAUCCCAUGAACUACCAAGAGGCUGUGGGCUGGCUGGAACUGCUGGCUGGGCUGCUGCUGGUCCUGGGCCCACCGAUGCUUCGAGAGAUCAGUAACUUGCUUUUGACCCUGCUCAUGAUGGGCGCUAUCUUCACUUUGGCAUCUCUGAAAGAGUCGCUGAACACCUACAUCCCACCUAUCAUAUGCCUGGGGCUUCUGCAGCUUCUGGAUAUCUGCCAUCUGAGUCCAAAGGAGGUGGUCAGGCCCACCAGGAAGAAGACUCUUCCAAGUGCAUUCAAGGAAUCCUGGGAGUCGAGGGCCUCUUGCCUCUUCAUGCCAUGUCACUGUCACGGCAGGAACAUGGUGGAACACACAGUCUCCCGGCUUGUUACCAGUACAUCCAGGGUUGGCCCGUGUUGA